GUCACCACUCUCCCUCAGCAACAGAAAGUAUCAAACUGAAACAUUUCUUUCUAGUGUUUAAAUCUUCACUGCCCAACAAACUUCUCAAUUUCUUUUCACACACAAUUCAGCUACUUUUUGCUACUUCCAGUGCUAGCUUCUACUUCUGUUGAAGCUACUGAACUAGUUGCAAGCUAUUGUAACAAUUUAGAAAAAUGCCGAAGAAAAACGUUAAUGAUGUUGCUCAUAGAGCAUGGAACAUCCUGCGUGCAUUGUUGUGGGCAAGAAAAGGUGCUGUUUUCAAGAGACGUUUUAUGAUGGAUGGACGUGUUGUGCCUAGGUUUCUUAAAAGCAUGGGACGCAAUUCUCCUCGCGGCCAACUACAUUAUGGGGAAUAUGAACUCUCCUUCGACAAGACCCCCGUUUUCCACGUCAAGAUGCACCGCCCGUCCUCCAUGAGAUUCAACAUACCUUGCAUAACCCCACAGGUUGACUUCGACUACGAUUCUGAUCAUGAUGAGGUGAUGAGUGAAAAUGAUAUUCAUCAAGAUGGAUCAGUUUAUGAAUAUUAUGAUGGGACGAGGAGGAGUUUCUUAUUAAAAAGCGGAGAGGAUGAAGAAGAGUACGAGACCUGUGAGGAAAAGAUCCCAGCAGAGGAAGAAGGGAUUGACAUGAGAGCUGAGCAGUUCAUAGCUAAGUUCCGUCAGCAAAUGAGGCUUCAAAGGCAGAUCUCGUAUCUACAGUAUCAUGAGACUCCAAAAAAAGGCACCAGUUGAUGAUCUCGAGCAUUCACUGUCUUCUAAAUAAUUUGUUCUUUUUUGGCUACCUUUGAUGUUAGCUGCUUUUGGCAGUUUCAUGUAUUUUUCUUUUUGUAAAAGAGGCUUUGCGGCAUUGUGUAAAUACCGGAAACUAUCAUUGAGUUUGAAUAAUAUUGCAAUCUAUACUUGUAUCA